AUAUAUACAUAUGUAUGUAUAUAUGUAUAUUUAUAUCAAAUAUUAAAAACUAAUAGAAGAAAUAGAAACAUCGUGAGAGGGAGAGAGAGAGCCAGCCAGCAGCAGCACUAGCAGCAGCAGCAGCAGCACUAGCAGUACCAGUGGAAGUAGGGAGUGCGAGUGCGAGUGAGAGAACACUCCCCAUCCUGUUAUGGAGAGUGACGAUUUCCAUUUUCCGCAAGGCGCCAAUUAGCGAAGGGGAACGGGUAACGGGUAACGGUGGAAAACCAUAAGAACGUUUCAAUCAAAAGCAAGGCAAAAACAAUUUACCCCCACACACACACAUACACACCACCACCAGAACACACACACACACACUCAAACUAGUAACGUGCGCAAUGGCCGCAGCAGAGACAGCAACAGCCGCUGCCGCCGUAGACGUCGCAGCAGCAGCCGUGGGCUCCGGCUCAGGAGCGGCGGCGGCUGCCUCGGAGGCAGCCAAUGGCCGAGAGGCCCGAAAUCUGGCCGAAAAGCAGCGCCGGGACAAGCUCAAUGCCAGCAUCCAGGAGCUGGCCACCAUGGUGCCACAUGCAGCCGAAUCCUCGCGCCGCCUGGACAAGACGGCCGUCCUGCGCUUCGCCACCCACGGCCUCCGGCUGCAGUAUGUGUUCGGGAAGUCGGCCACACGGCGUCGGAGGAUACUCUGCCUGAAGGGUGUGUCGUCGCAGGAGUCGAGCAGCGGCAGUCCAGCGGCAGCCGGCACACAGAAUCCCAGUCUCCAUCUGACGGACACACUGAUGCAGCUGCUCGACAGCUGCUUCAUUACCAUCACCUGCAAUGGCCAGAUCGUGCUGGUCUCCUCCAGCGUGGAGCAGCUGCUGGGCCACUGUCAGUCGGAUCUGUAUGGGCAGAAUCUGCUGCAGAUCACGCAUCCGGAUGACCAGGCCCUGCUCCGACAGCAGCUCAUUCCACGCGACAUCGAGACGCUGUUCUAUCAACAGCGCCAGACGACGCAUUCGCAGAAACGACAGCCACAGCAGCAGCACCGCUCGACGUCCACAUCGGUCUCCGUUUCGGACAGCGAUGUGGAGGAGGAUGCCGACGAGGAGGCGGACCCGGACAACGAGGAUAUGCCAGCGGAUGACCAAGACGACUGCGAAGAGCUCUACCAGCGUGGCAGCCCCAGCCCCCGUACCAUUGCCCAUCUGGCGGCCAUCGAUGAGAGGCUACGCUCGGACCGGCGCUGCUUCACCAUUCGUGUGGCACGCGCCUCCACCCGCGCCGAGGCGACCCGCCAGUACGAGCUGGUGAAGAUCGACGGCUGCUUUCGGCGCAGCGACUCCUCGCUGACGGGCGGGGCGGCCGCCAAUUAUCCAAUUGUCUCGCAGCUGAUUCGAAGGUCGCGCAACAACAAUAUGCUGGCAGCGGCCGCAGCAGCAGCGGCGGCAGCGGCCGAGGCGACGGCAGCAGCAGCAGCGGCGGCCAUCACCGGUUGCCUGCCCCAGCACGAUGCCAUUGCCCAGGCGGCACUGCAUGGCAUCAGUGGCAACGACAUCGUCCUGGUGGCCAUGGCCCGUGUGCUGCGCGAGGAUCGUGUACGGGCAGAGUCGCCCGAGUGCGAGGACUUCGGCUCCAGUCUGCUCUACCGCCAGCCGGAACCGUACCAGCUGGAGUAUCGGACGCGGCACCUCAUCGACGGCAGCAUCAUUGACUGUGAUCAAAGGAUUGGCCUGGUGGCGGGCUACAUGAAGGAUGAGGUGCGAAAUCUCAGUCCCUUCUGCUUCAUGCAUCUGGACGAUGUCCGCUGGGUGAUUGUGGCUCUGCGGCAGAUGUACGACUGCAACAGCGACUACGGCGAGAGCUGCUACCGUCUGCUGUCGCGCAAUGGACGCUUCAUCUACCUGCAUACGAAGGGAUUUCUGGAGAUCGAUCGCGGCAGCAACAAGGUGCACUCAUUCCUGUGCGUCAAUACGUUGCUCGACGAGGAGGCCGGACGGCAGAAGGUGCAGGAGAUGAAGAACAAGUUCUCGACCAUCAUCAAGGCGGACGUGCCGACACAGAGCAGCAGUCCGGAUCUGCCCGCCUCCCAGGCGCCCCAACAGCUGGAACGGAUUGUCCUGUACCUCAUUGAGAAUCUGCAAAAGAGCGUGGAGUCCGAGUCCGGGGGUGUGCAGCCGAUGGAUACCAGCAUGCUGGACGACGGCUAUAGCUCACCGGCCUCCUCGUCAGCCACCAUGCUCACCCUGGAGGAGAUGGCCCCAUCGCCCACACAGUCCCAGUCGCAGAACCAGUUGGCCCUGGUGCCGCCAGCACCCAGUUCUGUAAAGAAUUCCAUCUCGAAGUCGGUGAGUGUGGUCAAUGUGACGGCUGCUCGCAAGUUUCUCUAUCAGCGGGAGCAGCAGGAACAGCAGGAGCAGCUGCAGCGCGAGCAAUCCGGCACUGGGGUCAUUCGACAGCUGAGCAGCUGUUUAAGCGAGACGGAAACCAGCUCGAUGCUCUCACCCGCCAGCAGUGUCAGCGGUGAUAUACCGGAUACCCCCGAUCCCAAUAGUAAUACUCCGCCUCCUCUCCACCUCCAUCUGCAAUCCCAUACCCAUCCCCAGACCCAGUCCCAGUCCCAGUCCGCUGUUCAGGCGAGGCCCAGUGUGCUACACAAGUCACCGGCCACGCCCACAACCACACAGCUGAGGGCGGCAUUGACGAGUGCGCUGCAAUGACCAGACGGAUGAGGUGGUGGAGGAGCAAGACGCGGGAGGAGGAGGAGGAGGCGACGGUGGCGGCCAAGGAAGAUCCAUGUCCAGUGUUGUGAAAUGCUUGUUUGCCUUCCAAGUGAAAAGAAAAACUUUGUUAGCAUCGUUAUGUAAUAAAUAGAAUAGUGUAUAUAUGUA